AUGUCGCCCAUAAGUCUCGACCACUUGUCGAUAAAGCUAGAGAAUCUCAAGCUCUCUUUUGUGCGACCCCAAGCCUUCUACGAGACUUCUUCAUCGGCCAACCCAACAACGCCUCUUAUCACAGCCAAGACCGUGUUCAUCCUAGUAGACAUCAUCGUCGUCGCCAUCAUCUCGCUUCUCAUCCUACUCGGAUAUCUCCUUUAUCGUCGGCAACUCAAGCGCAAAGAGAAAUUCACCCGGGCCUGCGAGACGACCGAGCCGAAGAUGGCUGCUGAAUCCAACCGCACAGCUUUGAUGGAUAACCAUUCCGCAUGCGCGUCGACGACCUCAACGAAGGAAGAAUCAACACACACAAUCUAA